AGUGUUAAGAUUUUAAAAAUAGGGCUACAUAGUUUGUGAACGACCGGUAACCUAAAAGGGCACAAAACUAUCCUAUCGUAACAUUUAUUUUCUCUUUACCCUUAUAUGAAAACAAAUGUCUUGAUCAAUGUUUAGUGUCGCCCGAAGAUGUUUGUCUGCACAAAAAAGUCAACACUAUAGGAGUAGUAUGUGAAUAUAUCGUGUCACGAAUAGACUCAAUGCAGCCUGCUAAAGAAUUAGAUGAUUCCGAUACAGAGGACCAUUUAUCAAACUUUCCUAUAAACACGCAGGCAGAUUAUGACGAGAUGAAAAUAAAAUUGGACGACAAAGAUUACUAUAAAAGUGUAGUUAAAUCAAUUACAGGUUUGGGAAAGUUAAGAACCCUCUCCAUGACUGUCAAAUCCAUUAUGAAUGCACUAAUAAACCUAACAACUGGCACAAUAUUUACUUUCCAGGGAAGAGGGGGCAAGAAAAUUGCGUUUCAGGGUUCUGUUUUUCAUCGUCUAGUAGUGCAGGCAUCAAGAAAACUAUAUAAAAAUGAAACCCAAGCCAACAUUGAUUCAUGGAUUGAAGACUGGCUGGUCCAUUGUAACGACAAAAUUAAGCGGUUAAAGAAGAAGGAAGAAAAAAGACUAGAGAAAGAGGCAGCUCAGAAUUUUUCUUUCUCUGAUUUAGAUGGGGAAAAUUCAGAAUAAUGGCUUCGGAAUAGAUUAAAUCAAUACGAACCAUGAUUUUGUCAUGCAUUAUUUGUACCAUGCAAGCGCAGCAUGUUGGUCAUUUUUUAAAUAUGCACAGGGGCCAACGCUGCAUCAUUUUAAAACCAUAAUUU